AUGAAGGUCUUCGCCAUCGCCAUCGCCUCCCUGGCCACCCUCGCUGCCGCCACGCCCACCGGCGGUCAUGGUUGCAAGCCGGCCACCUACCGGUGCGAACCCCACGCCGCAGCGUGGGACGUCUGCAACACCAGCGGUGAAUGGGUGUUUGCUGGCAACUGCCCGCCCAAGAACGUCUGCAAGUUCAACCAGGCAAACGGCAGCCCCUACUGCGUCCCUCCCGACUUCACCAUCCCCUAA